ACACUUGAUGUUUACAAUGGUACUUGUUUCAUGUGCAUUAACAGUGAAACCUGAACAAAUUGCUUGUCAUUAAUUAUGAAGGUGCUUUUUUAUGGUCACAUGAAAUUGACCAGUUGUUGUUAAACACAUGAAAACUACAUUCGGGUUUUUAAUUAUUUCUUAAAUUUAACCGAUGCAUUUAUGCAAUUCUAAUUCAUUACACUUGGAUAUUAUUUGGAUUAAAGCUGAAGUACAUAUAUUUUUGCAUUCACUUUACUCGUCCACAUCAUCAAAAUCAAUAUUGUUGUCAUCUUCUUUGUCAUUGCUUACAUCAUCAUCAUCAUCAUCAUUUGUAUCCUCAUCCACAUAUAUUUUUUAAGCUAUUUUCGUUACCGAGACCAUUAGUACGGUUCAGCGAUAUUCUCGUGACAAAUUAUUUAGAAUUUUACGUGAUAUGUAUUAAAUGUCUACUAAGACUAUGUUUAAUCCGAUACAGGACUAUUAUCACAAAUAAGGAUGUCAUUAAUUACCGAUAUUUCAAAAACAACCAUAGAAUCCAGUUGUCAUCAAGACAACGUACUCACUUUCAUAAAUAUUUAUCAUGGUAUAGAGGGAUAAAAACUGUUUCUGAUCACUUGAAUUCCUCCAAAAAUAUGAAUUAUGAAACAACUGUUUCUGACACUGUUCAUAAUGAAUGUAUAAAUGCUGAAUGCGAUCCUAGGAAACAUUUCCGAAGUUAUUCAUAUCGAACAAUCAGUUCCGAAAGUAGUUCUCAUCGAUUCGAAUAUACCUUAAAAUAUUAUGCUAUAUUUUUGUACAUAUUAUUCACUUUAUUCAAUGUACAAUGUAUCAAUGGUAAACCUACUUCAUUGUCUAUAAAUGGAACUUUUGCCGAAACCUCUUCAUCAAUUUACUCUACCAACUUGUCAUCAUCAGUAAUAUUGCCAAACUCAUCCUUGUCUCCACCCUCACUAAUAAUAUCAUCCAAUCACACAAUAGAAGCAUCAAGUGUAGAUGAUUUAAUGAUACAGUAUUUAGAUUUAUCAACUUUCCAAACAUCAAGUUCUACUCAUUCAAAUCGUAAAAUACCAAUAACAAAUGUGUUUAUGCGUUCACAUAGAUCUAGACGUAGUUUGUCAUUUUAUAUGUCUAAUUUAGAUACUUCACCAUUGUUUUUAACUCCAUUUGCACAAAAUCAUCCGACGAAAGCAAGAUUUUUAAGUAUCGAUAACAAUGGAACUAUUAAACUAGUUAGAUCAUUUAAAGAUACAUCUGGUGACGAAUUAUUAUCAGCACUGAUCACGAUUUCGAUAAUUGCUGAAUGGUCAACACCAAUGAACAAAGACAGCUUACUAAAAAUACUAAAACCACGUGAUGGAUCGAGAGUGAUCCUGCGUAAAUUUGCCAAAAACAUUUGUAUCUGUAUGCAUCUGAAUGGAACAGUUUAUACAGAGCGUAUCAUUAACCAAACAUUAACCGAUAACUGUGAAUGGCACCUCAGAGUAUCAAGGCAUGGGAUAGGCUUUGAACACCAACUAACUGAAGACGAUAUCACCGAUGAAUCUCAACAACACUUCCUUCUUAAUUUAUCUAAUAACGCAACAAUCUAUGAUGGAAGGUCUCCAACGUUAAAUGUAAUUGAUGAGAAAUCCUAUACAAUAGCUUCCGGUUGGACUCAUCAACUAUGGCAACCUGAAGCGACGUGGCAAGUUUAUGGAUUCCAGCCAAAAGGAUUACUAGCUGUUAUUGAAAAACAAAGAAACUCUUCAGGUUUUCAACGUUUCGUUUCAAUGGAUAAAGAAAGUUUCAACCAAUCGGACGUAAAUAACACCUCAACAAUAUCUCCAUCAUCUUCAAGUAAUACUGUGAAAAUAGGUUCACAAAAAAUGUUAGUUUUAGAAGCGCCUGCCUAUUACUUCAACACAUUGCAUCAUAAAGCAAAACUUAAGCAUUGUAGCAUGCUGAAAAGCAAACUUGUGAAACUCGUACAAACGGAAUUACUUAUGAGUUUACAAACCCUAGACAAAUAUAGGCAAGCAUUUCAGAAAUUCACGCUUCUUAUUUACAAACAUUCAAUGACUAAUCAUAAGUAUAAUAUUAAUAUGGUAUCAUCAAAUACUGUAGCGGAAUUACUAGAUCAGUGGUUGAUGCUUCUGGACUAUAAAUGGCGCCAAACAAUUAGAUUAACCUACAAAGCAGAUUCAGUGUCCAAUUACCAAGUGGAUAAUUGUUCGUUGAGUUUCAAAUCAUCGUUCGAAAUAAACACUGUUGGUAAUGAUAGUGAUGAUAGAAUACUAGUUAAAUUUUAUGAAACGCAACUGAAAACAAAGAUAUAUUAUGAUCUAUUUGAAAUUGUACAGGAUAUAGUCCAGUGGACUGACGAACAAAAACAGCAUUGGUUACAGAACCCACGGGUUAUAAAAUUAUUUCAUUACUUACAUAUCAAAUGUCCAUCGUCAAAAAGGUUGAGGCAAGCCUCAUUUAUAUUAAGACGAUAUCUACCAAAUUACUCGCCAGAAGUCAUUCAUUCCAAGAAUAAUUUUCAUUUUGGUCUCAUGGGUAGCUUGGAACCGGAAACGUUUAAAAAGUUCUUAGCGCACGACAUCAAAUCAGCUAACAAACUAAUUGACCGGGCUGUUUAUAUGAAAUUUGAAGAAUAUUAUUUUUGGCCGAUAUUACGACAUGUAAAUACAAAAGCGAUCAUGGAACAUUCAAUUUUCUUCGAAAAUGAUGUACGCAACGAAAUUAAACAAAUGCCUUGGAAUAGUAUGUGCUAUAGGCUAUUUAUGAGGAACUGGAAAUUUUAUAGAGAAAAUGAUUCAUCUAGAUCAUGUUUAAAAUAAUACCACUUCCUUAACAUACAAUUACAAUUAUAUCAAACGACAACUCCUACUACUACAUAGUAGUAUAAAUCUCUUCACUAAAGUUACAGACUUUCAGUGAAUUAUUUGGUUGUUCAUUGUUAUCGCAAGUAUCAUUUUCAUAGUACUUAACCCACUUAAUACAUUUCAAUCAGUUGUUUCUUUAUUUGAGAAUGAACUGUAAUGAAUUUAAAACGAUGAUCAUUUUUAUUGUGUUUAAUAUUACUACUAUUAUGACCACCACCAAGACUAUUUAUAUAAUGUUGAACAAGGACGUUUACAAUUGAUACUCUAUUAACAUAUACACAAUUUCUUCGUAUUCAAUUUUAUUCAUAUACAAGUACUAUUUCGCCAGUAAUGUUUGAGUUGAGCACUAAACAAAUGUAAAUGGUCGUUAAGUUUAAUUGUGAAUGACAAUGAUGAACAAGUCAAUAUCACAAGGUUAUUCUAAAGUGAAAGAAAAUAACAUAUACGUGCGCAUCCUUUUGUAUAUUAAAACACAUGUAUAUAUAAUACAUACAUAUAUCUACAAAUUAUACAAAUAAAUAUGUGUAAUGCUAGUAUUUAAAACAAUCUCUUUUGCAAUUAUUCAAUGAAUACUUGAACAGUGAUACUUUAUGGUGCUACAUUCAUGAUGAUGUUGUGAAACUAAAAAUAAAUAGGAAUAUAAAUCGAAAUAGAUAUCCAAACUUUCCCACCUGAUUGUUAUGUGUUUUCGUUUUAAUUGCCUUCAUUUUUUACUACAACUACUAUCCCUUGAUUAUGUUUGUAAUACGCAAUUAUACAUAAACAUACACGUAUACUAAUACACACGCAGACAGAUACAAAUGAAUAUGUACACUUACAAUUAUUGUAUACACUUAUGAAUUACCAAUGUUCCUUCUUCUUAUUGUUAAUAAUAAGUGAGAACAAAAACAUUUGAUGGAUGAAAAUUUAUUGAACUUUUUGAUGAGCACCAGAUUAUUGAACACUUAUUUAGAACCUUUCUUGUCUGAAAAGUUGUCUAUGAUAUACAUUCGUGGCUACCUAAAUUUUAGUGGUGAUAAAUUCUUUGUGUGUUGGAUAACUUAGUUGGUAAGAUUUCAUUAUCAUCGUGGACAAUAAUAUCAGUGUUAUGUUCUUCGAUUACCCGAUCACACAUAUAUACACACUCCCUAUACCAACCUCAGUCUGGUAUAAGAGUGAGAAGACUAGGAAUGUGUGGGAAGUACUAACUGACGAUCGAAUCAAAGUGGACACGACUCAUAAGAACGCGCAUACAUGUCUCUCAGGUACUUGAGGCAUAAGUAGCUUUAAUCAACAGUGCGUCUCCUCCCGCAUCUCUUACCUACUGUUUGACCUUGAGCUAGCAUGUGCACACAGGAACGCAAUAUUUUUCUGGACUAGCCCACCUCAUCAGUCAGGCGUUGACUUUGAAGUAUCAGUUUGAGUUGCAAAGCUUCCCUACUACCUCAUGGAUAUUUAACGUUGGUAAUACGUUAUCUAUUAUAUAAUGGAAUUAUCUUUAUAAACUGUUGCUCUACAUCUAAUAACUUUGACUGAGUAAUGCUAUUGAUUAUUGAACUGACUUAUUGAGACACGUAACAUUCGUAGCAUCAGAAUGAUUCCACAUGACCGUUUGUUUUUCGUAGUGUUAGUCUCUUAUGAUUGAAUAUGGACCCAUUUACAUUAGAUAAAGAACAUGUAAAAUCUGACUCAGUAAAGACGAAAACUUUUAUACAAUAUUCAUUUAUAGGAACGAAUGAUAACCAGCCUUUGUCAGACGCAUAAAAUAGAUUCUGUUUAAUUUAAGAAUAAGUUGUUUUUUUACCUGAAACCAUAUUUCACCCGACUGUUCACAACAGAUCUAAUAGGGGUUUACGUGAAUCAGUAUAUAAAGAAUUGUGAACUAAUACAAAACGAGUAUUCACACUGACCAGUCGUAUGAUCUAUAUCACGAUUUGGAGCUUCAUCUUCACACUUGGCUGUCAAUAUACGAUCAAACAUUCAAACCCUGUUAUAAUCAAUUCUGUCCAGUUAACCGAAUUUCAAUGUGUCCUUGUGUGAUUGGUGCAAAUGAUCUCAAAUAUGAUAGACUGGUCUGGACAAAUAUAGCGAAUACAAUGAAGCGUAGUUUCGUCCAGACUAACCUUUAUGAUUCAGUCACUUGUGUGACGUUUAUGAGAAUUCUAACAGUAUAAAAGGCCUACAUUUAAAAGAUUCACCAAUUUUAUGAAUAUUGCUAAUGCUGAAGUAUAUGGAGCUUGCAGCUGAUUUUGAAGAAGUUAUCCGACACGAAGGCAGACAGGGUCGACAAACGAAAUCCUACCUUAAUAUUGGAAAAAUGGUUGACAAUGCGUUACACUUUGACGUUUAUGUGUAAAGACUAUAUUAGCUACAACAGCAUGCUUUUCAUUUUUUAAUAAACUGAAUUAUUAUUGCGUUACUUAUUUUCGCUUGUUUAAACUUUGCGAAGUAAAAAAUACCAUCUUAUUCAGCCUUGGUUAACUAUGUCUUCAUGUUGACUGUAAAUCCGAGGGGUGGACAACAGUUUAACGAUAAUUACGAAUUAAAAAUAUAAUUCGCAUGCUAAAUACAGGUCUAAGUAUUAGGCUUUGAAUCUCAUUGUGCGCAUGAAGAUUAAUCAUAUUGCCCAUCUAGAGAAACUUAAGUGCGUAGAGCAUUUGGUGAUUAUAGUGUUUAAUGAAAACACGUUAAAUCCAUACAACAGCAUACUCAUUCCGACGGAGCAUGUGACUACCAAAUCCAUUACUUCAGUUCUAUUGAUUGACUCCUGCUCAGUUGUGUAAUUAGUUUGAAUGCUUUAUAUGUGAGUCCUUCUAAUAUACCAGUGUUUAGUUGCCCGUCUUUAUUAUUUAUACACAUAAAUAUUGGUACAAGGA